UAUUCCAGUUUUUAGUUUGUUUCACGCUUUCGGAUAGCUUGAUUCGUUUGGCUGCGUCAUCUGUUAGUGCUUUGUGUGCGUGUUCAGCUCAAUAAUUUUUCACAAAACUGUGCCAUUUAUGACGAACAUUUCUAUUUGGUUAUUGAAUUUAAAUCGAAACCAUUUGAGAUAACAUAUUUCGGACUUUGAGAAAUAUUGGCUGCAAAGCUUACUACUUUUUAUUUAAUCACCGAUGCUAGAAUUCUCGAUCGAACGAUCAUGAAAGAAGAGAUCACCACCGCCGUCAUGUUUUUCAUUAAUUUCAUUGAAAAAAGCGAUACUUUUCCCAGAGAGCAAUUGGAAAACUUCAAGAAAUAUCUCACUGAACUUCUCAUAGAAAGGUUCGAGAAGCACUGGUUCCCAAAUUUACCUACGAAGGGACAAGCUUAUAGAUGUAUAAGGGUAAAUUGUGUGAGUCCGGUAGAUGAAACGUUAUUGAUAGCUGCUAACAAAUGUGGUUUCAAAUACGACGAUUUGAGGUUACCUACAGAAAUAACAGUGUGGGUGGAUCCUAAUGAAGUUUGCUAUAGACUCGGCGAAUCAGAAGGUUCGUACUGUACCCUAGCAACUUUUUCUUCGGAAUCGUCGUCGGAGAGCGCUAGGUCGACGCCGACGAUGUCGAAUUCGCCACCGUCGACGCCCCACCAGGAGAAACCCAGGAAAGUACAAAGAACGUCGCACCAGAGGUACAACAACUCGGUGGAGUAUCCCAGUAAAUACCGAAAUCAUUCGAGUAACGUGACCAUGCCGUCGUUUAGGGUGAAAACUUCACCUAGGGAGAUGAACUUCAACUUCCAUCCAAAUCGUCCGAUGUAUAGAUGUGACGGACCCCCUUACCCCCUGGCCCCUGCUUUCUUCAGGAACGUGAAUCACAAUAGAACGCAUAAGAAUGUUUUAAGAGUGUAGAACCCCACCUCAUCAUCAUAGGAUUAACGGUAGAUGGUUGUUCUGAACCAACCAAAAAUAAAAAACAAACAAUUCCAAAAAACCCCGAAACUAAGUUCUGUUAUUCAUGACAUUUUAUCGACAGUAAAAUAUUUUUUGUUGAAAACCUGCUUUCAGAAAGUAUUCGAGAGUUUAUUUAAAAAAAAAGAAAAGUGAAGAAGUUUCGAAAACUUCUUCAGUGCUAAAAGAUGUAUACAAAAAGUUUAAAUGAAAGUUGUUUUGAAGUCAUUCUAUGGGCGUGCCUUGAAGUAGUAGAGGUGUGGGUAAGAAGAAGAGCUCCUUAUUUCCUAUUCAAACUAUAAGCAAUUUUUUAAUGAAGGAAAACAUUUCUUAGGCAUUUGUCGUUUUGUUGUGUAUAUGUUCUAAUUUUAAGUUAUAUAUUGCUGUGAUAAUUUCUGUCAUGACAAGUGAAUGCCAUUUUGCGGUCCUGCACGUUUUGAACGGUACAACGACGAGGCAACGUUCGUCCGCCGGUGGCGGCGGGGGUCCCGUUUCGUUAUGUCACUGUACAUAUAUGUAAAAUAGUUCCUUAAGCGGUGAACGAGGACCUCCGUUGCAGUCGGUGUACGUAUCAUAGUCAUAUGUUCCUCGAUGAAAAUAUUGCGAAGUGGACGUUUUGUUGUCAUUUGGUGCGUGUUGUGCGUUUGAGAAGAGAAUAGCGAAGGCUUUGGGUGAUGUCUGACGCCCCAAAAAAAAUUAAAGCCUUAUCGAAAAACUUCCAAGAAUAUUCUUUGCACACUGUUAAUAUUCAAAAAAAAUUUUGUCUCAGUUUUUAAGUUGUUCCUCAAAUUUUUACUUGCAAAUUUGAUUGAAAUUUCUCUUGUUACACUUCAUAUAUUUAUAUAUAAAUUUUUCAUUAUUGAAUCAACAUUUUUACCUCAAAAAUACUUAUUGGAUAAGGCAAAGGUUAUAAUGUAACCCUUUGCUUAUAAUUUGAUGGACAAACUGGUUAUCAAGCAAAAAUUCGAAAGAUGUAUUAAUUUUGGCUUAUAAUUUUUUGAAUUAUUGAUUUGAUGUCAACUUCAAAAGUCACUAAUAUGGUAAGUAAAGAAUAUAAUAAAUUCUUACUUGAUUUGCAAUUAUAUAGCAUUCCUGGAAAAGUUUCAGUUUGAAGAAAUCCAAUGAAUUAUUUUUAUGAUAAAAUUCUAACUUUAUUCAACUUUUUGUAGUUACAUCGAGAUGACAAAAAUUGAUUCAACAAUCUAAAUUUUGUUACAGAAUAUUCGCAAAACGACACCAUAUUGAACUUAAUUUUAUAAUUAGGUAUGGAUAAAAAUCUUUGACCCUUCAAUGAAUUUGCCUUUUUAAGCUUCAUUCACUUGUUGAAUCAUUUUAUCUGAAGUUACUUCGCUAUUCUUGUUUUAAACGUACCUCAGUCUUAUAUUCUUAGCUUUAACCAUGUUUUUCGCACAAACUUCUAAGUCAUUGUGAUUGUACAAUAUUUAUGUGAAUUAUAAUGUAUCGACUGAAUUUUAUAUUGGAUACCAAAAAGUCUGCAACAAUGAGUUGGGGGGCUGAGGUUUUAUUGGCGAUGUCUAUCUAAUAGGUGUACAUAAGCAUAAAACUGUUGGUUGCUUAUAGUUUGACGUUUUAUGGUACAAAUUUUAAACGUUAAAAAUGCAUUUCAGAUGAACACUUGCAUUUAAAACUUGAAUAUUCUAUUGAAUAUUUUAGCUGUAUAGGAAACAGGAUAGUCGUGUCGCUAGUUGUUCCCGAUGUCGACCAUUCUAUGAAUGGUCGCUUCAUAAUAUUUUUGCGUUUUCCCUAUUAGCAGCGGCGUAUCACGACGGUGAUCAAUUUGUGGUAAAUGGUUCGUAUCGUAUCGGAAUAUUCAGGUCUUAAAUUGACCGUGUACGAAUUGGCAGUAUUUGUAAUGGCGGUCUGGUUGGAAAAUAUGUGUAAUUUCGAAUUAUUUUGCUAUAACCCCAAAUUUUUUUUUUUUUUAAUUAAACCAAGUUUUACUAUAAAGAAUAACGUUUCGAAGCGUUUGACCCACCUGUUAUUUGGAUUUAGCGUAUGAAAUAAUAGAACUGUACAUUUUUGUAUUGAAAUUUCCACUGGAAAAGUUUUUUUUCUACUGUCAAGUCAGGACAGUUGAAAUGAAGUAUCUGACAAUUUUUUAAUCGAUAUAUUCAGCUGAAAAAUUCUGGUUAGAUUAUUCUCCAUGAAUAUAUGAAUAUUGAGAAGUUGAUAUUUAGACGUUGAGCUUUCCUUCUUGUGUGUUACAAUGUAUCUCUUGUCACAUCGAAAUUUCAAACCAUUUUUAGCAUUGAUCUAGAAGUAUUGUUGACUCAUACAUUUAUGUUAAAUUACACUUUUUUAUUGCCAACUUUGAUUGGCAAUGAAGAAAUGUCUAAAAUAUUGAUUGAAAUUUCCAUUUUCCAGCAUUUUCUUAGGCAACAAAUUAUAAAUGCCAACAAAUUGUGUUCAAAGAGACAAAUUUUGACUAAUCUUGUUUGUUCAUUUUUCAUAUUCAUGAUAUACAUAUGAAAUUGUUUCUUUAAUCUUGGUUUCUAAACAUAAUUAGAUUGACUUCAAUUGUAAUUGUCAGACUGGGUCACAUUCAGUAUUUUAAAUUUAUUGUCUCCAAAUUCUCAACACCAAAAUUUUUCAUGAAUAUUCUCCCAAAGAAUGAUGAAGGAUUUUUUAAAUAAAGAAGCCAGACAACUAUCAACUUUCCCAUCAAGUUUUCGUAACCAGAACCAUAUUUUUUCAACUAAUGCCAAAAAAUUUGUUUUCGAAAAAAACAAUUCUUUCUGUUUGAUUGACAAUUUGAGGUGGAAUUUAAAAAAAUUAUUCUGCAUGUUAAAUUUUCAAUUAGGAUUUGAUUUUUCAAUUAUCACAUAAAAAUAUGAAUCCAUCAUGUCAUAAAUCUUGAUUUUUAAACUGAAUUAUAGUGAUUACAGUUGUUGUGACUGGAACACGAGUGUGUUGUCUGUUUUAAGUUGAUUUUUCCAGUUAUUUUUAUAAAUAAUAUUGCAAUAUAUUUUUUAUUAUUAAUUUAAGGAAGAAAAACCAUGUUCUGUUAUUUUACUUCUGGAAACAAAGUUCCACAUACUUCAUUCUUUAUAUAUUUGAAAAAAGGUACUGUGAUUUAAAAAAUAUAUUCGUACUCUGAAUUGUCAGAUUCGACCAUUUUCAAUGGAAAUUUGUUGCAAAAAUGACACUACUCGGCAUAUUGAAAUAUUCAAUAAAGUAGCGUUUGUAUAUCUACUACUUCGUUAACAAUUCCAUCCGAGGAUAUCGCUCAUUGAUUUUGACAAAUUAUGUGAUUUGACCAGACCGUUUCACAUGAAUUUUAAAAAUUUGCAUUUUGUUCAUUUUCCGUUUUUGUGUAUGCCUUUUCGCAGGUUUGUAAAUAGGUUAUUGCAGAAAGGAUCUUUCUGCGAUUAGUCUUUCAUGUAUUAUGUGAGAUUUUCUUCUAGUGAAAGUGGUCAAGAUGUGAAGUGUGUUUUGUUAUGUAUAGGACGUGUAAUAACAAUCUAUCGUUAAUCUCAAAUUCGAUGUGCAUGUUUAAACUAUAGGUGUUCAGUCUAAUGUUCCGCUUGGAAUUUUUCUUAGUUUCUUUCCGUUAGAUUUCAUGUGUGUGAGCAUUUUUUAUUUUCAUGUUCCUCAUCGAUUGGUUCUAGUUUUGGUUUCAAUGCUUUCUGGAUAUGAAACUUUCCAGACAACACAAGGAGACAUGAGAUGGAUAUUCCGUGGAUGUCCGAAGGAUGUCUUAUGGUCGUCUAGAUACACCAACUUAUCAAUGGGAUAUGUGUCGAAGAACAUUCAUUCCAAGGCCACUGAGGGAUAUCUUACGGACAUCCAUUACAUGGGAUAUCCGGUGUUGUCUGGAUUGUGAUUUUCUCCUCGUUCAGUUAUUUUCUUUUUUCGUUUUAUCGUGAUUCAAAAUUAAACACCCAAGUCUGAAUUUAUCUGACUUUUCACGCAAAAAUUUGUAAACUGCAUAAUCGUUACAAACAAAAAUAUCAUUGUGGUCCAAACUUAUGACGAAUAUCGCUAUGUCUCGUAAGUUACUUCUUUAAGUUUUUUACAGUAAGGUUAUGGUUAUUUACACAUUGUAAAUGUAUUCAGUACAGAAUUGUGGCGUUAGUAUUUCGAUUAGAGAUUUAAGCAUCUGGUAUAUCCGGCCUCCAAAGUGAUAUGUAACUUUCGACUGAUAAUGUACAAAAAUUCAAAAGUGUGUGAUCAAAGAAAAUUUACUAUUUUUUGUUGACGGAAAAUUAGCCAAUUCUGUACAGUACAUAGAUGAUAGGUUUGGUUUUUAAUAGAUGGUAAUUAUUAAAUAAUUUUGAUGAUAGAUAAUAAAACUAACAGGGUUUUAUAUAUCACAGGUCGUUUGAUUUUAAAAGCCAGGUUUUGAAAGAAUUAAGUACAAUAUAAUAAAGUUUAUGCAACAAGUGCAAUUAAAUUUAAACACGAAUAUGUGAUAUUUUUUCUGUACAUAGGAUCAGAGCAAAAUUUUCAAAUUUAUUUAUCGUGAAGCCGACGUGCAUAAUUCUUCAUAAACCUGAAACUUUACUGUAGAAAUUGUAUGUAGAAUGAUGAUGUUUCAGUGUAAUAUACUUGAAAAUAUAUUAAUGUUAAGUAAUUGCAUUUAAAA